AUGUAUCCUGCUUGGCAGAAUGCCAUGACUCAAGAGUUUGAAGCCUUAUAUGCCAAUAGUACUUGGGACUUAGUCCCUUUGCCAAAGGGUAAACAAGUCAUUGAUUGUAGGUGGGUGUACAAGGUAAAACACACAACAGAUAGUAGCAUAGAAAGGUACAAAAACAGACUAGUUGUGAAGGGGUGCACACAGCAAGCAGGAAUAGAUUACACUGAUACUUUUUCUCCUGUGGUCAAGAUGACCACUGUCAGAUCCUUGAUUGCCAUUGCAGCUAAGAAGAGAUGGCAGAUUUACCAAUUAUAUGUAAAUAAUGCUUUUCUCCAUGGAGAUCUGUAUGAGGAAGUCUAA